CUUGUACAUUGAUUCCUCGCGCGUCAGAAGAAUCCUUUCUCCAGCUCGUAUCAGAAUCCACAAACCACAUGGGACAAGGUGACAAAACAAGACAACAAGAUACACACAAUGACGGAACCACGCCCCAAAGUCAUCCUCCCCAAACCCCCCUUCCACCCCAUCCCAGGCCUCCCCAACUUCCGCGACGCCGGCGGCUACCCCGUCGACGCCCUCCCGGCCGGCCGCAUCGUCAAACCGGGAAUCCUCUUCCGCUCCGCCGAACCCUCCCGCCUCACUGACGACGGCGUUGCCCGCCUCCAGGACCUCAACAUCACCCACGUCUACGACCUCCGCUCCACCAUUGAGCUCGAGCGCCUCGCCCAGGCCGGAACGAGCUGCGACGUCCGCGAGUGGCCCGGCGCCACGCGCAUGUUUGUCCCCGUCUUUCGGGACAUGGACUACGGCCCCGAAGCUAUUGCCUUACGGUACCGGAAUUACUCUAGUAACGGGCCCGAGGGCUUCACAAAGGCCUAUACCGACAUCCUCCGCGCCGCCUCAGAAGCAGAUCACCCCAACGACCCCUUCCACACAAUCCUCUCCCACCUCGCCUCCCCCGAACCCCCGACCCCGCUGCUCAUCCACUGCACCGCCGGCAAGGACCGGACGGGCAUCAUCUGCGCCCUCAUCCUCAGCCUGUGCGGCGUCUCGGACGAGGUCGUCGCCCACGAGUACAGCCUGACAGACAUCGGUCUCCAGGACCGCAGGGAGGAAAUUAUCCAGCACCUCCUCGCCACCGAAGCCAUGAAAGGGAACCCCGAGGGGGCUAGGCGCAUGAUUGGAUCUCGGAAAGAAAACAUGCUUGCGACGCUGGCUGCCCUCCGCGAGGAGUACGGUUCAGUCGAGGCCUACGUCCAGAACAGAUGUCGUCUCUCGCCAGAGGACAUCAGCCGUAUUAGGUCAAACCUAGUAGUGGAUGCUGACGACGGGCGUAAAGUGGUUGACUGGGUCUCACACACAAAGUAUUUGCUUUGAGAAAAAAGGGCUCAUUGGAAAAAAAUAACAUAAAAUUUCUUGCUAGGCUUGCUGAGGCUUCAUCUUUUGAAGCGCGUGCCCUUCCCGCUUGAGUCCGUCGUCAUAUAGGGUUACAUGUAUAUAAUUACAGUUGAUAGACACAGGACGCUUUUAUCCU